GAGGAGGAGGCACGCCGCCAGGCUCAGGAAGAGGCACGCCGCCAGGCUGAGGAAGAGGCACGCCGUCAGGCUGAGGAAGAGGCAAGGCUCCUGGCUGAGGAGGAGGCACGCCGUCACGCUGAGGAGGAGGCACGCCGUCACGCUGAGGAGGAGGCACGCCGUCACGCUGAGGAGGAGGCACGCCGUCACGCUGAGGAGGAAGCACGCCGUCACGCUGAGGAGGAGGCACGCCGUCAGGCUGAGGAGGAGGCACGCCGUCAGGCUCAGGAAGAGGCACGCCGUCAGGCUGAGGAAGAGGCACGCCGUCAGGCUCAGGAAGAGGCAAGGCUCCUGGCUGAGGAGGAGGCACGCCGGCACGCUGAGGAAGAGGCAUGCCGCCAGGCUGAGGAAGAGGCACGCCGCCAGGCUGAGGAAGAGGCACGCCGUCAGGCUGAGGAAGAGGCACGCCGUCAGGCUCAGGAAGAGGCACGCCGUCAGGCUCAGGAAGAGGCACGUCGUCAGGCUCAGGAAGAGGCAAGGCUCCUGGCUGAGGAGGAAGCACGCCGUCAUGCUGAGGAGGAAGCACGCCGUCAGGCUGAGGAAGAGGCACGCCGUCAGGCUCAGGAAGAGGCACGCCGUAACGCUGAGGAAGAGGCAAGGCUCCUCGCUGAGGAGGAGGCACGCCGCCAGGCUGAGGAAGAGGCACGCCGUCAGGCUCAGGAAGAGGCACGCCGUCACGCUGAGGAGGAGGCACGCCGUCAGGCUCAGGAAGAGGCACGCCGCCAGGCUGAGGAAGAGGCACGCCGUCACGCUGAGGAGGAGGCACGCCGCCAGGCUGAGGAAGAGGCACGCCGUCAGGCUCAGGAGGAGGCACGCCGUCAGGCUGAGGAGGAGGCACGCCGUCAGGCUGAGGAGGAGGCACGCCGUCACGCUGAGGAGGAGGCACGCCGUCAGGCUCAGGAAGAGGCACGCCGUCAGGCU